AUGCCUCGUCACUUCGUUACCCUCAACGUCCAGGACUUCAAAUACAGAAUAGAAAAGGCUAUACUUCAACUUUUUCCGUACUUCGAAGAGCUGCUGGCCAAAUGCGACGACCACAGCGACAUGCAGGAGGAUGGAUCCUACUUUGUUGACGCGGACCCCGACGUGUUCAAACACAUCGUGGCCUUCAUGCGGCGGCCAACCAAAUUUCCCCUGUUUUGGACAAAGGAAGCGGGCUUCGAUUACGCCCUCUACAACAAACUCGAAGUAGAAGCGGAUCACUUCCGCCUCUGGGACCUGCGCGACUGGAUACGAGAGAAGCGGUAUCUCGACGCUGUCAGAAGUUUCGUCGAGAUCAAGGUGUUGUCUGAACAGGAGGUGGAAGAUGGCUUCCACUAUCAACGCACGGGGGCGGACUUGACAGUCCAGGGUUUUUUGGGAUUCUACUCGGGGGAACCGGGGUAUCGGAAUCCGUGCCCACUGCAUCCACGCAAGGCAGACCCAACCUGCGCACCCUGCUCGGACCUUGUACGAGCUCAUGGACUGCGAUAUUAUGAUGCCCCAAAGAUGUUCACCUUGGUGACGAGAGAUAUAGUCUUCGAUGAGACGGUUUGUGUGAACGCUUGGCGUCGUCCGGAGGAUGGUUAUGGACCGGGUUACGAGUCUGAUGAUGAGAGUAUGGAAAGAGGUCAUCAGGAAGAUGAGGAGAACUUCAAAUACGCAUAAAAUUGUAGGUCCUUGAUAUCUCCAUAUUCCUUAAGGCAAUUCUGAUGUGGGAGUCACAAGACAGUGUACCCGACGCGAAACGGUC